AUGCCCGAAUUUUUGCCAAAGCAGAUUUCAAGCGCGAGUGAAAGAGAGUUUGUCUCUGUGGCUGGCAUCUCAAACUCCUGCAAAAUGGAUUUGGUACCAGCCCCAAAAGGAGAGGCUUCGCUAAAGACCACCGUGGUCGAAGUGGAGGCCGUGGAUAUGGAGGAACAGUACGACAUGGAGGACGACGCGCCAGACCUCGCACUUGAAAUCUCAUCAGAUUUUGAGUCGGACAGUGAUGAUUCUGAAGGAUGGGAUAACCUGUCUCACUGCGAUGAAGCGAUUCAGUUCCUACGCGAUGACCAGAUCCGCGACGGCCUCGUUCCCGGUGCCUGUACUCUCGAAGAGGCAACUGCAUAUCGACAGCGUCUGCAUGAGAUUGGUAAGGCGGCUUUCGUGGAAGAGACCAUCCUCCGCGAAACCGUCACGGCCAAAAAGCUAUGCACGGCGUUCGGAAUCGCCCCCCCGGCAUUCCUCGACGGCGCGCCAGAUGAGUCUUAUCAUUCUCUUCUGGCGGUCGCGAUCUCGCGCGAGUUCGCUCGGAGGCCCAAGCUUCCCCAGUACAACACCAUCGAUGAUGCUGUUCGGCUUCUUCGCGAGUCUCGGAACAUCAUCGUUCUAACUGGUGCAGGCGUAUGUUCAUAUUGGAGUGUUCAGAACCUCCCUGAUCCAUAA